AUGGCUGGCUCAAAGCGCAACAAAAUAAAGAAAGCACUGUCACCGCCGUUCUUCAACUCUCCGCCAGAAUCGAGCAUGGACGACGACGACCUCAUGGAUGAUCUCAUGGCUCAGCUUGACUCCAAGGACCACACCGUGCAGGCCGAGUCUGCCACCGUCCUGAACGAAAUGACUAUCAACAAAGCGGCUGACACGCCUCCACCUGCAUCCGCAAAGCAGGACAGCAAGGCACGGCACAAGGCAAGACAGGCGAGAAAAGCCGCCGCACUUGCGGAGCAAUUAGUACCUUCAGACCCGAUUGCGGAGGCACGUUUAAAGAAGGAGGCCGAGGACGAGGAGCGGACAAUCAGGCAUAUCUGCGACGAUCUCAACCUCGAGAUGCACGAGAUCAAUCCAGACGGCCAUUGCCUUUUUUCCGCUGUUGCAGAUCAGCUCGCACUUCUCGGCCGUCUCCUACCUGCCCAGGCGACCUAUGCGGUUUGCCGGCACGCUGCCGCCGACUACAUCCACAGUCAUCCCGACGACUUUCUUCCCUUUCUUCCCGCUGUCGGAGGCGAAGAUACCAUCGGCGCGACAUCGUCCACGGGCUUAAUGAGCCGUGCCGAGCUCGACCGCUACUGCGCCACAAUGCGUGACACCGGCGCAUGGGGCGGUGAGCCAGAGAUCCUUGCACUGAGUAGUGCAUUCGGCGUGCCGAUUCAUGUCGUGCAAGGCGGUACACCGCCUAUCGUCAUACACCAACCAAUAGGCUCUUCUCGCAAGAGCGACGCUGCGGAUAAGAAUGUUGUACGCAUUAGCUAUCAUCGGCGGAUGUACGGAUUGGGCGAGGUGAGUCUCGAUAUGUGCGCUUCUUGCGAACCUAUUGUGACCAGUCACGAUCCAAUCUAA